UUUGUUGCGUUUCUUUAAUAUUGGUUUGCCAUGUUAGUUUUCAUAAUGUGUUUAAGAACUAAACUAUCUAAUAAGUGGGAGUGUUUAUGUGAAAUUAGACAAAAAUCUUUUUGUGGAUGUAAACACUCAGUCGUAUUAAUUUGUUAUGAUUAGGGAUUUAAAUAUAAAAAGGGUCCCACGAAUGAAACUUAACAAUGAGUUUGGUACAUGGGGAUCAAUUAAAUAUGUUGCAUAACUUUGGAAACAAACAACUUGGCUUACCAAAAUGUGAGUGUGGUGAUCAACCAUUGUGGUAGGUCAACCAAUGAUCAUCAACUCUAUCUACAAUUCCCAAGAAAAUAAAGAGACCUAGAGCAUGAUUAAUGAGGGUUAUUAGGGUGGGGUUCUUAUAUUCCGAUAAGAACCCCACCCUAAGAACCCCCAUUAAUCAUGCUUUCGAAAAAAAAAAGCUAAAGUGGAGAAAAGUGGAAACAAGAAACGAGACCGUUUUAAAAGCAAAGACUAAUGCGAGACAAAUCAUUAUGGUUCCAAUUUGCUAGAUUUGUUAGAAUUAACAAUGUUGUGGGAUUAAGUUUUGAAAUUGACUGUGGUAACUCCGUAAAUUAUAGCUCGAGGAAGAAAUGAAGAUUGAUCCUCCCAUAAAAUCUGUUCUUUACCAGGUACAGUUUAUGCAACGAAUGUUGUAAGUUCCAUUUCUCUUAAAGCCAAGAGUUGUGUUGUAUGUGCAGGAUGAAUGAUACAAGCGAGAACUAAAGAGCUUUGCCAGUUUUUACAUGCAUGGAAUUAGAUUAAACAAAAGAAUACUCAGCAAGACAAAAAGGCCAAACGAAUUAGACGUCUGAUUUUGUUAAGUCAACAUACAGUUAAGGAAUUAUAUAUGUUGCAUAGUCAGUCAAUAGUUGGGGAAUGAAAUGUGUAAAUAUCGGGAAUUAAAUUAUCAUUUUCCCAAUAUUCUGAUAUCUGUUUCCUAUUACAACUGAAUAUCCGUAUCUGACUUUAAUCCGAUAACCCGGAUAUGUAGGCUUAUUAUGGCUCUCGAACUCUGAGUGGGAUAGAGAGAGAAGCAAAAGUAACGAUGGAGGUAUUCUACUACUUGGUGUUCGGAGUGAUGGCUGCCGUAGUAGCGGCUCUGGAAAUGAGCAAGAGAAACAAGGAUCAAAACACUUCUUCUCCCUUCAAUUCCUUCAAAAACAGUUACGUCCUCGUCUUCUCCGUCAUGAUGGCUGGAGAUUGGCUUCAGGGACCUUAUGUGUAUUACCUGUACAGCACUUAUGGUUUUGGUAAACGAGAUAUUGGUCAGCUUUUCAUAGCUGGUUUCGGCUCCUCUAUGCUCUUUGGAACCAUUGUUGGAUCUCUUGCUCACAAACAGGGUCGAAAGAGGGCAUGUGUACAUACUGUAUAGUUUACAUAGCUGCAUCACCAAGCAUUCUCCACAGAACACAGUUUUGAUGGUCGGUCGUAUCUUGGGUGGUAUUGCUACUUCUCUCUUGAAUUCUGCCUUCGAAUCUUGGCUCAUUGCUGAGCACAACAAGGUUAGUCUUUCUCUUAUUUUUUUCUACUUAUGAACCAUGAGUCUAGCUGGGUGUUCGAACUCUAUGUUUCUUAGAUGCUUGUUAGUGGUUUGAUAGAACAUAUUCUAACUCAAAGCAAUGUCUGCUUCUCGAUGAGUGGCACAGUCAAUUCUUGAUGGCUGUAAAAACAAUAGUUUCUCAAAAUUAGAUUGUUCUAGAAUAUAGCAAACCUCAUUUGCAAUUUUUUUUAUUCAAAGUUGGAUGUAGAAGAAAGUAAAGACUCUUAGUGUUAGCCAUGGCUGAUGUGAUUUUUUUUUUGCUUUUUCUGAACAACUAUGCACAAAGGAACUUUGACCAACAGUUGCUGUCACUGACAAUCUCCAAGACUGUUUUCUUUGGGAAUGGUCUGGUGGCUAUUCUUUCCGGCUUGUUUGGUAAUUUACUUGUCGACGUUUUUUCCUUUGGUCCUGUUGCUCCCUUUGACGCCGCUGCUUGCUUUCUUGCAAUUGGAAUGGUCAUCAUAUUGACAACAUGGUCUGAGAAUUUCGGAGAUCCAUCUGACAGCAAAGAUUUGAUGACUCAGUUCAAAGUCGCUGCUAUAGCAAUUGCUUCAGAUGAAAAGAUUGCAUUGUUGGGUGCUAUUCAAUCUCUGUUCGAAGCCUCAAUGUACACAUUUGUUUUCCUCUGGACACCGGCUCUCAGCCCAAACGAUGAAGAAAUCCCACACGGCUUCGUCUUUGCAACCUUCAUGUUGGCUUCGAUGUUGGGAAGCUCCCUUGCAGCUCGUCUCAUGGCUCGCUCAUCUCUCAGAGUAGAAAACUACAUGCAAAUCGUCUUUCUAGUCUCCGCUGCUUCUCUUCUGCUUCCCAUUACAACAAGUGUCUUGGUGACUCCGUCAAAGGUGAAAGAGGAAGGCUUGUCAUUAACUUCCUCCAUCCAGCUACUUGGUUUCUGUGUUUUUGAGGCUUGUAUAGGAAUAUUUUCGGCAUCGAUAAUGAAGAUGAGAUCACAGUAUAUCCCUGAAGAAGCGAGAAGCACCAUAAUGAACUUCUUCCGUGUUCCGCUCAACCUCUUUGUCUGCAUCAUCUUGUACAACGUUGAUGCGUUUCCGAUCACAAUCAUGUUUGGUAUGUGCUCAAUCUUCAUAUUCGUAGCUUCUAUAUUACAACGGCGCCUUAUGGUCAUCUCCGAAAACCCAAGUGCGUUACUUCUUCUCUUACGGUCUUAUAAUCUUUUUUUUUUUGCCAAAAUGUGAAUUUUCAUAUUAAUGAAGCAGGAUCGUAAAGAUACAAUAGUUUUUAAACAUUCUAGAAUUUGCCUUGGCAAAAAUAAUAAAAACAAGGCUCGGUCUAGUCAAAAGAGCUUCCAGAUGAAUGGAAGUGGCUGGUGUUGUUACUCAAAAGCGAGCCAAUCUUGCAUUAGGCCACUGAAUUUUCGUUGGUGCCGAUGUCCCAGAAUGAUGUCUCGGACUUGGCGGUCUAUGAUCUUGAACACUUGGGCUGGAUUUGAGUUGUUGUUGUCAUGAAGUCUUCUGUUCCUUGCAAUCCAGAUAUUGUAUAUUGUUGCUUGGGAGACCAGACGUUUAAGGAGCCUAGAGCAAUGUGAGCUUCUUAGCUUAAUCCACUCCGAGAACGCCGUCCAUGUGUGGAAAGCUAGUUGUCUUAGACCCAACCUUCGCAGGAUCAUAUUCCAGAGUUGCCCUGACCAAUUGCAUCUCAGGAAAACAUGGUCUCUGUUUUCAACCAUCGAGUUACAUAGACAGCAGCAAAGAGGAACUUGUAAGCCCCAACUUACCAAUCUUUCCCUUGUAGGGAGACGAUCGUACUGAGCAACCCAGUGAGUGAAAGCUUGUCGUGGUACAGCACCUUUAAACCAGACGGAUGCGGCCCAAUCUUUUACCUGCUCUCGUGGACGGAGUACCUCCCAAGUCUCCUUUGUUGAGAAACCUUUGGUCUUGGACCCUGCAAUCUCCCAGUAGUAAGAGUCUUCAUUGGUUGAAUCUUGAGAUGGCUGGGGCAGGUUGAUAGUGGUAAGAUGAAUUUGGAGCUCCUCAGCAGCAGGAGAGCGCGCUCCCCUAAGGCGCCAACCUUCCUCUACAUAAACAUCUGAGACAACUACAUUUAUUGGAAUAGAAAUCUCAAGAGGACCCCUGAGACCAAAACGCUUAAUCAAAGGCCCUAGAGGAGUCCAAUGAUCCCACCAGAAACUGAUAGUUGCACUGUUACCCAGUUCAGCCCGCAGGAACAGAGCUGCAAGAGGUCUCAGUUUUAAUAGACUGCACCAUGUCCAUGAUGUCGCCUUUUUCUCAUCAAUCUCCCAAAAGUUCCGACCAGACAUUCUGUUUUCUUUUAUCCAAUCAGCCCAGAGCGAGUCAGUACUAUCGAACAGCCUCCAAAUCAACUUCAGACAAAGUGUUUUGUUCCACAAGCCGAAAUCACGAAGGCCUAAUCCCCCUUCACGUUUUGGUAGGCAGACUGUAGUCCAUGAAAUUUUGACGUUAGCGUUUCCUGUGAUCUUACCACUCCACAGAAACUUUGAGCAUAGGGACUGGAUUUGCUUCAAGCACCCUUUCGGUAAUAAGAAAACAGAUGUCCAAAAGUUGAUGGUACCAUAGAUGACGGAGGACAGUAGUUGUUUUCUUCCUGCAAAAGAUAGAGCCUUAGUGGACAAUGCAGUGAAACAGCCCUUAAGCUUAUCAAGCAGUGGUCUAUAAUCGGUAAUCCGGAGAUUCAUGUGCAUCAGUGGCAGCCCCAAACACCUUAUAGGUAAUGAACCAAGUGUGAAUCCUAGACUUUCCAAGUCGUUAGAUUCAUUCUGGUUCAGACCUGCCGUGUAUAGUUCCGUCUUCGCUCUGUUCAUUGUUAGCCCAGACCAGCUUGCAAAAGAAUCGAAAGUCCUUGCAAUUGCUUCCAGAGACGGUUUCUCUCCAUCAAAAAAUACCAUAAUAUCAUCUGCGAAUGCUAGAUGUGUGACACACGGUGAGGAGGCUUUUGGAUGAUACCCAAUAGAUCCAUCACUGAACUUCCCGCGUAGCAUCUGAGAAAAUACUUCAAGAGCUAAGACAAAAAGAUAUGGUGAGAGGGGGUCACCUUGUCUUAGUCCUUUAGUUCCCCUGAAAUAACCACAGAGUUCACCGUUUAUUGCAACCGAGAAACGUGUUGUCGUGAUACACUGCUCUAUUAGUUGCCUAAACAUAGGAGGGAAAUCCAUUGCCUCGAGAGUGUUGAGGAUGAAGCUCCAGUUAAGCGUAUCAAAAGCCUUUCGAAGAUCUACCUUAAGCAUGCAACGCUUUGAGAUUGCCUUCCAGUUAUAACCCUUCACAAGCUCAGUGGCGAGCAGGACAUUUUCUACAAGCAAACGACCUGGUAUGAAGGCAGACUGGACAUUAGAGAUGAGCCUUGGGAGGACCUGCUUUAGGCGGUUUGCAAGAAGCUUUGACGCCACUUUAUAGACUGAAUUGCAACAAGAGAUCGGCCGGAAGUCAGAGAUCUUGCAGGCAUUCGUUUUCUUCGGGACUAAAGUGAGAAUAGUGGAGUUCCAUUGCUGCAGUAAUUGCCCUGUCUGAAGGAACUCGCCUACUGCCUUGAUCAUAUCUGCCCCAACAAUGUCCCAAUGUGCGGUAAAAAACUCCCCCGGGUAACCAUCAGGCCCUGGUGCCUUAUUUUUAGGGAGAGACAUGAACGCCAGCUUGAUCUCCUGAGCACUGAAAGGCGCCUCAAUGAGAGAAAUUGAAAUCGAGUCACAUUUGAUUGGUACCAAUGCUGCAAUAUCUUGCGGGGACGAAAUUGUCGGGACCAAAAUACCUCCGAGCAUGUCCUGAUAGUAGCUUACAGCAUGGGCUUUUAUGGCAUCGAGGUCGUCAAUGAUAAUAUCAUUAUCAUCUAUAAAGAAAACAAUCUGGUUGUGGUCUCUUCUUGCCUUUAUAACUCUAUGGUAGAAAACCGUAUUGGCAUCACCUAGUGUCGUCCACUGUAUCCGAGAACGCUGUCUGAGAAACGAGUCUUCUGCUUUUGCAAGAGUAGACCAUUUUUGGUGAGCAGCUUUCUCAGCUUCUGCAUUUAUCGGUGAAGGACUAGACAGAGUUAAACGUUGGCAGCAGAUUAGAGCCUCAAAAGCCUCAGAAACUCGCUUCUCUAGAUCAGAAUAAUUUUCCUUGCUGAAGUUCCUAAUCACAGGUUUUAACUCCUUCAACUUUUUUGAGACUCGGAGCUGGUGAGAUCCACUGAAAAGCAUUCCAGCACUCUUUGAUUAGAGAAGAGAAAUCCGGGUGCUGUGCCAGGUGGGCAAAAUACUUGAAGGGUCUUUUCUGUUUUGGCUUAUUUUGAUCCAAGAAUACACAGCAGGGGCUGUGAUCUGAGAUACCAGGCUCCCCAAACACUCCAAUGCUUUGUGGGAAGGUCUGCAGCCAUGAAUCAUUGACAAGAAUCCUGUCAAGCUUCUUGGAGAUAUGUCGAUUAGUCCAAGUGAAAGCGUUCCCACACGAGGGAAUGUCGGAGAGGCCGCUGCGAUGAAGGCAAUCACUGAAAUCCCUCAUGCCCCGUUUGCUUGUGUAUUGAUCAUACUUGGAGUGCUCGGAGGGUGAUAUGAUUUCAUUGAAAUCACCCAUUACAAGCCAGGGUCUUCCUGAUAUUUGAGGGUGACAUGAAGAUGUUUCUAUUUCAGACCAGAGGGCGCGUCUUUCCACCUGGUCAUUUGUACCAUAAACAAUCGAGACAAUCAGCUCCAUUUGAUUGUGGGAGAGCUUAACUUUGCAGUUGACAAGUUGCAGUGAUUUGGAAAGAAUUGUAACAGUGACAGAAGGGUGCCAGAUGAUCCAGAUUCUUCCCAUGUCUGAAAACUCAUAAUUGUUUUCACAAAACCAUCCCGGAAGCGUGCGAGAUACUAUAGUCGCAGCAUUAACCGGCUGUACAUGCGUCUCUAUGAGACCUCCGAAAAUAGGGUUAUAUUUCUUCAUCCAUUUCCUAAAACCACGCCGCUUUACAUUAUCAUUAAAUCCUCUUAUAUUCCAACAAAAAAGAUCCAUAAAAGAGGUAAAAAUUUAGAGGGUUGGAGGGCCUCUAGCCCUGGCCUUUUCCUUAUACUUCGAUUGCCUUUUAAACCUUUUAGAGAUCACCUCAAUAUAUUUGUCAUGACCGUCAUUUGAUUUAUCUUCGUCUUCAUCCCCAGAUCCAGUUAGAGAGUCCGGCAGCGAGUCCUCACUGGAUGAAGAGGUGUGAGAAUGGUUUGAUCCCCCAAAUCCAGUGAGAUCAACACAGAUUUCUCCUACCUCUAACUUGUCGCCCGAGGCAGAGAAAGGGUUAGCAGGUAAAGCAUUGUUGAUGGAGGCCUUGGAACAUUCACCCUUUUCCACAGCUUGAGGCUGGUUGUUUGAAAGAGGGAGGUUCUUGCUCACUGAGAUUUCCUUUGCUUUAGGCCGAGUAUCGUUGUUUUGGUUCACAAUAGGUUUGUAAACCAAGUUUCGAGAAGGGGGAUGAGGUCGCUUUAAGAUCAUUUUUCCUUUGGCUGCCUCGUUGUUUUUCCGUGGGCAGUUUGCUGUUGUGUGCUUAGCCGAGUUGCAUACCGUGCAGGUUCUCGGAGCAGACUUACACCUGGAGAUCGUGUGUCCGACCUUCUUGCAAUAUGAGCAGAGUGAUGGCAACCACGGACUUGAUACUGAGAUACAAGAUAUGUCUCCACUCUCGAAUCUCGCAUUCACAUACUCUGGGAUAGGUUUCCUUGGAUCGAUAAUAGUGUAAACCUUCGCCACUUCAAUGUCUGUCAGGUUCUCUGUGGAAGGGUGGAGUCGAACAGGAUGACCCACUAGACCAGCAAUUUCCUUGAGAGCGUCCCGGUUGAAAAAUUGUAGUGGAACACCCGUGAGCUCAAGCCAGACAGGAACCAUUUCAAGCUCCGGUUUAUUCUGCUGUAUGCCGGGGGACCACUUUGCAACGAACAUCGUCUGUCCAUCUAUUUGCCAGAAGCUCUGUGCCAGGAUUCUUCUUCUUGGGUUCGGGCAGGGGACUCGGAAAAGGAAAGCAUUCCCUUCCAUCUUUGAUACUGAAAUAUCACGCCUUUGUCUACUCCAAAUACCGUUGACAAUGGCAUGAACUGCUCCUUUAGGGGGUGAAUCCUCAUAGAAUUGUCCAACAAUAAAACAUUCCCAUGCUUUCUUGUUUUUCUCGACAACGGCGUUUGGGAUAGUCACACACAACUCCCCUGAUUCAAGAGUAAAUGGAGUUUCCUUAGUGGUAAAUGGUAAUGCCUUAGUAUAAGACCUCUGUAUGUUUGUUUACUUGCAGAGGGAGAAGAGCCACUCAGUCCAAUGAAGGAGCGAAACUCAGAAGUUGACCCUCUGAUUAUGUUCCUCUCCCAAUCUAAAUAACUUUUAUCUCCCAAUAACCCCCCUACCCUCUGAUUAUGUUCCUUUUAGUAUUUCUUAGUUUAAUUAAUAUUCAAAAGAAAAAUCUUGUUUUAUUUUUUGAGGGGUAUUUUUCUCUUUUUGGGUUAAACUGUUUCGCUUAAUCAUUGAGAGUAGAAAAGGAAACAGUCAAAAAAGAAAAUGUAAUGUUUUUUUUUUUUUUUAUCCUGGGGGUAUCCCGGGCCUAUGGAAGGGCCCAGACUAAUCCCCAAGGGGAGGUGCAGCCCACAGAUAGAUCCUCUCUCUAGGUAUGCAAAUGAGCCUUAAAGCAUGGACCCAUAUCCGUGUGGGGUGUCCAGAGACAUCAUGAGGUAGUUCCCUCCGGCAGGGUUCGAACUCACAACCUGGGUGCAGGAAUGAGCCCGUACUUACCAUUGGACCAUGAUGUUCCGGACAAAUGUAAUGUUUUUCUCUUGGCUUUUUACGUGUGUGGUCUAGUGAUGCUGAUUUUAUAAUAAAUAUCUUGUACCUCAUUCCAUAUUUCAUCUAACUAAAUUAUAACUAGGUAUGACUAAAACAAAAAUAUAAUUAGAUAGUCAAAAAAAUGGUAACUAUAGAAUAGUUUUCACUUUUUAUCUAUGAUUUUGUUUUUAAUUUUUGUAUAUUAUGAUCAUUAGUGAAAGGUAGAUCACAUAAAUUAAAGGUUCUUUUACCUCAUAGUGACAUAGUCAAAGAAAUCGUAACUACAGAAUAGUUUUCACUUUUUAUUCAUGAUUGUGUUUUGAAUUUUUGUAUACUAUAAUCAUUAGUGAAAAGUAGAUCACAUAAAUUAAAGGUUUUCUUUAUACCUCAUAUAUCAGUUUACGAAUUACGAUAGAUAAACACCUUAAUAAAAGAUACAAUCUAAUCAGAUUUCACUUUUUUAUUUUUUCCAUUUCACAAACAUAGAUUUUAGUGUUUUCAUACAUAUUAAAAACACUAUAAAUGUAUCGUUUCUGUAAUUUUAAUUUUUAAUAUUUUUUAAUCAAUAGUAACUCAAUAAAAUCAAUUAAUUUUCUUGAAGAUUACAACUUUUUUAUAGAAAAUAUAAAAAGUUUAUUUUUGUGAAAUAAUUUUUAAAAAAUUAAUUUUUCUCUAAAACUUUUAACUUAAUAAAACGGAGAAAAUAUUAUUUAGCAAAUUAUAUGAAAAGAGGUCAUAAACUAUAGAAUAUUUCCACAUAAACAGUGACGCACUCACGAAGAUUUAAACCGGGUUCAAUCAAGUAUUGAAAGGGUCAAAAGAUACAGAUGUAUUGAAUCUUGGUUUAGAAAGUUGUAUUGAAUCUUGGUUUAGAGAGUUUAAUAGACACAUUUUGUCAAGUAGGCUGGUAUUUUUUCUCAUUUUAUAUGCAAUUAAAUAAUAUAAGUAUUUGUGGGGGUUAUGUAACACCAUAUAUUUACUAGUACGUCCACCACUGCAUGUAAACACUAUAUUUUUUUUUUUUGAAACUGUUUUUCCAUGUAAACACUAUAUUGUUUCAAUGUUGUUAUCAAUUUGGUUAUAAUUU